AUGACUGCUACCACCACGAGGUUCCCAGUUCGACCCGGACCGGGAACAGUCACAUGGGAAUUUUCCAACUCCCUGAUCCAGAGUAUGGUCAUAUUCCCCAAAGAGAUGACACCGGCUACCGCUGUCGUCAGAGGAGCAUUCUGGCAACUCGUUCGAUUAUUGCCCUCGCUAUACGACCGAAAACCAAUCAACAUGGGCAAGUCUACCAAGGACUCCAAGAAGCGCUCGCGCACCGCCGAGGAGGAUGUCAACUCCAUCGCUGUUGUUAAGAAGAGCAAGCUCGACGAGUCUGGUAACGCCGAGGUCACCAAGGUCGAGACUGAGGCUCCCAAGGUGAAGAAGGAGAAGAAGGAAAAGAAGGAGAAGAAGUCCAAGACCGAGACCGCCGAGGAGCCCAAGGAGGAGAAGAAGGAAAAGAAGGACAAGAAGAAGGACAAGAAGGAGAAGAAGGACAAGGCCGCUGCCACCGAGGAAUCCAAGACCGAGGAGAAGACCGAGGAGUCCACCGACAAGAAGGGCAAGAAGAAGGACAAGAAGAAGAACAAGGACAAGACCGAGGAGAAGAAGACUGAGGAUGGUGGAGAGGAGGCCACCAACGAGGAGGAACAGUCGCAAGCCAACGGCGCCAAGGGAGCCCGCUUCAUCAUCUUCGUCGGCAACAUGCCCUACUCGAUCACCGCCGACAACAUCAAGGAGCACUUCGCGUCGGUGCACCCCAUCUCCGUCCGCCUGCUCACCCACCGCGACAACCCGACCAAGUCCAAGGGCACCGCCUUUGUCGAGUUCGGCCGCUUCGACCACAUGAAGACGGCGCUUGAGAAGUUCCACCACAGCGAGAUGUUGGACGACAAGGGCGUACCGAGGAAGAUUAACGUUGAGUUGAGCGCCGGCGGAGGAGGCAAGACUGCCCACCGCCAAGACAAGAUCAAGGAGAAGAACCGCAAGCUCAACGAGGAGCGUCUGAACCGCCAGCAGAACCAGGAGAAGGCGAAGCAGGAGAAGGCCGCUGCCAAGGCCAAUGGCGGCGACGGUGACGCUGCUGCUGCUGAUGGUGCUGCUGCUCCUGCGCCGGAGAGAAACGACGAGGAUGCUAUCCACCCUUCGAGGAGAGCGCGUGUCGCGUACGACGGUAACCCUGGCGGUGGUGAUUUUGAUGAGGAGGAUUCGUACGGUGGUGGCGGCGGUGGUGGUGGUUUUGGUGGUCGCGGUCGUGGACGUGGUGGUGGACGUGGCCGUGGCAGUGGCCGUGGUGGUGGUGGACGUGGUCGCGGUGGUGGUCGCGGUGGUGGUCGUGGUAGCUACAAGAAGUGGUAGUAGGACUCGCUGCUGCGACGGUUUGAGGACCUAUGGAGCGGUUGAUGGCUUGGGGAUGGGAAAACCCAGGCUCGACUGGUUUGAUCCGGGUUUUGAGAGUCGCAUUGGUUAUGGCUUCCUGAAAUACGUUUUGGACAAGCUAUUGCUAUGCUUUGUCUGAGCAUUGAAAGCGCCUCUGGAUGGGAAUUUUGCCUAGACCUCAGUUUGUUUCUUGUUUUUGGUUCCCUUGCGGGGUGUCUGUUGUUUCUUUUUUCUUUGUUCGUGUCUUUAUCAGCGUGUUGUUGUCAACGUUUUGUUUAUACUAUUAUUACUUUGCAUCGACGAUCGGGUUAAAGUUUCAUCCAAGGAAAUGUGUGGAAGGGAAAGAAGAAAUGGAUACAUAUCGACUUCAAGUUCAGUCAAAAAGGAGUCCGAGAGCAAGGAACUUUUAUGAUACCCCAAAAUAUGUAUUUUUCAUCUAGCCUUUUCGUACGAUAGAUGGAUGAAUAAAGACGAAUCAACU